GGAAGAAAACAGAACCCUUGCGUCUGCUCCGCUGCAAAUAGCACGUUACACUUACAUCUCCUUCCUAUUAUCUAUCUUUUCGCCAUAACCGCGGAAGCCGUUACGCGUUUCUGCCGUAGCGCUCAGGAAGGAGGCAGUGGCUGGUGGUGUUGGUUGAAGUGGAGGUGGUAUUGCUGAUCAGUUGUGGUAGAGGUUAGGAAAGAGAAAAAAUUGAAAAUGAGUUCAGACAGCCGCAGCCGAAGCAGGAGCAGGAGCAGGAGCCCAAUGGACCGUAAGAUCCGCUCCGAUCGAUUUUCCUAUCGUGAUGCACCUUACAGGAGAGAUUCACGUCGGGGUUUCAGCCGAGACAAUUUGUGCAAGAACUGCAAGAGGCCAGGUCAUUAUGCAAGAGAAUGCCCUAAUGUCGCAAUUUGCCAUAACUGUGGCCUCCCUGGACACAUUGCUUCUGAAUGCACCACAAAAUCGCUUUGCUGGAAUUGUAAAGAACCAGGUCACAUGGCCAGCAAUUGCCCAAAUGAGGGCAUUUGCCACACCUGUGGCAAAGCUGGACACCGUGCUAGGGAAUGCACAGCUCCUCCCAUGCCUCCAGGGGACUUAAGAUUGUGCAACAACUGUUAUAAGCAGGGCCAUAUUGCAGCUGAAUGUACGAAUGAGAAGGCAUGCAACAACUGUAGGAAGACAGGCCACUUGGCUCGUGAUUGUCCGAAUGAUCCCAUUUGUAAUUUAUGCAAUGUUUCUGGCCAUGUGGCUAGGCAGUGUCCAAAAGCCAAUAUUCUUGGUGACCGCAGUGGUGGCGGCGCAGGUGGUGGUGGUGGUGUUCGUGGUGGUGGUGGUGGUGGCUACCGAGAUGUUGUAUGUAGGAACUGCCAGCAACUGGGUCACAUGAGUAGGGAUUGCAUGGGGCCCUUGAUGAUUUGCCACAAUUGCGGAGGUCGGGGUCACCUGGCGUAUGAGUGCCCUUCUGGUCGAUUUAUGGAUCGAUACCCCAGGAGGUACUGAUGAUGGCAAAUUCCUGGAUUACAGUUAUAUGGUUGUUUUUCAGUUUUUCUAUGAUUUUCUCGCAGAGGACAUUGUUGAAUCUUGGUAGUGUAUGUGUUGGCUUUAUUAUUUUUAACUUGGUAGAGUGACAUGACAAUGAUGCCAAUUUAUCGGCCAUUUAUAAUUUAUAAUUGUGCUUGUGCUAGGAAUAAGAAUUUGCUACUUGUAAGAUGUGGUAUCGUACGUAUUGUGUUACCUAGCGAGGUUACUUUUAAUAGAUCCAGUGUAAGUUUUUGUGGUAAGGAGCGAAUUGACGUAUGUCGUUUUACUUUUCUAACUAAUUGCGUGUUUCUUUCUAUGUUAUGUUAAAAUUUGUCAGCAGCUUG